AUGGAUGAAACACAAGAUCAGUAUUAUUCUUCCAGUCUACCUGAGAUUUCUUUAUCUCAUGAUGGCCGUGAGAGAUCUGAUUCCAAUCUGCAAAUAAAUCGUGGGACUGGUAUAUCAAGCCUGAAAAAGAGAGGUCAUGGUAGUCGCUCUUGGAUUAAAAUUGAUCAGGAUGGGAAUUUUCAGACUGUGACACUUGACAAGGCAACUAUAAUGAGACAUUGUUCUUUGCCUUCUAGAGAUCUUCGGCUAUUGGACCCAAUGUUUAUUUAUCCUUCUACAAUAUUGGGACGGGAGAAGGCUAUUGUAGUCAACCUUGAGCAAAUCCGAUGUAUAAUCACUGCUGAUGAGGUUAUCCUGAUGAAUUCAUUGGAUGGUAGUGUUGGUCAGUACAGGUCAGAAUUAUGCAAUCGGCUUGAGAAUGAAAAAGCUGAUGAUCUACCUUUUGAAUUUAGGGCACUGGAGUUGGCUCUUGAAUUGACAUGCACAUCUUUAGAUGCUCAGGUAAACGAACUGGAAAUGGAAAUAUAUCCUGUGCUAGAUGAACUAGCCUCAUCUAUCAGUACUCUAAAUCUGGAACGUGUUAGGAGAUUUAAAGGUCAUCUGCUUGCUUUGACUCAACGAGUUCAGAAGGUUCGUGAUGAAAUAGAACAUCUUAUGGAUGAUGAUGGUGACAUGGCUGAGAUGUGUCUAACUGAGAAAAAGAGAAGAUCCGAUACUUAUACUUUUAAUGAUUUUUAUCAAACUCAUGCAUCAGGUAGAGUAAUUUCAAAAUCAGCUCCUGCUUCACCAGAGCGAACAAUUAGUGGAGUCCAGAUGUUGCAAAGGGCUCUCAGCAGCAUUGGAAAUUCUAGUAAACAUGGUAGUUCAAUGGGUUCGUCUGACAAUGGGGAAAGGAUUGAGCCGCUUGAAAUGCUGCUGGAAGCAUACUUUAUUGUCAUUGAUAAUACACUUAACACAGUAUUGUCGCUCAAAGAAUACAUUGACGACACAGAAGAUUUUAUCAACAUUAAAUUGGGAAAUAUUCAAAACCAGCUAAUACAGUUUGAGUUGCUUCUUACAGCUGCUACAUUGGUAGCUGCAGUAUUUGCUGCUGUAGCAGGUGUAUUUGGAAUGAACUUUGAAACCACAGUGUUUAACUAUCCAUCUGGAUUCAAUAUGGUUUUGGUAAUUACGGGUAUUGCUUGUAUAGCAUUGUAUUUGGCCCUCCUAUAUUAUUUUAGAUACAAGAAAGUGCUUGCAGCUUAA